UGGCGCGUACGAAUUUGCUACAAUAAAAAUUAUAAUUGCUACAUACUCCUGUCAUCUCUAGAAGAAAACCUCGUAAAGAGAGGCAUCAAUCUGUCCGACAUUUCCUAUCGAAAUAUGGGUAAAAAGAGCUUGUUAUUGACCUAUAUACUUUGGCUAUUCGUCGGCUGGCUGGGACUGCAUCAUUUUUAUCUUGGCCGAGACUUACAUGCGUUCAUCUGGUGGUCGACUUUCGGAGGAGUGUUUGGCUUAGGUUGGCUUCGGGAUCUUUGGAGAGUUCCCGACUAUGUCGACGACGCGAACGAGGAACAAUCUUACAUUGAGAACUUUAAGCAAAAAGUCAAACGUGGAACUCCGCAAUUCAAUAUAAGCCGAUUUGUAGGACAAAUGCUUGUGGGUUACUUCUAUGGCUUUCUUAUAAGGAUUGCGAUCCCCGAACAUUAUCCUAUAUGGACGACAGGCUUGGUUGUUCCUUUCGGAGUUGCUGUUGGGGUUUAUCUUGUGGGAAACGUUGGUCGAGAAACGGGAGAUUUUAAGAUCCCUCUGUUCGUGUGCUAUAUUUCCAAUGUUGUUAUGGCUUGGAUUAUACAACAAGAACCUGGUAUUAUGUACAUUGCAUUGUUCGGCGCGAUGGCGUUUCAAAACUAUAGGAAGUUUCGCGUGGAAAGGCGGCCGAAACGUGGCGUUUGCAAGAGAUUUUUCAUGAUCUGUCUAGGUGGAUGCCUUGUGACCGGCUUAUGGAUAUCUUUCCUGUACCACAACGCUGCUGUCGUCACAGAAGACGGCGAGACGAUAAAACUUCGAGAUGCUGUCAACCAUUUCUUCAAUUCUCCUCUGUGGAGGGAAUUCAAGCAUGUGUUAUGGCAACUGUAUGAGGAAGGACAGAAGCAAGGAUGGGAGAAUAUGUACGAUGAAUUUGUGAGAGCCGUUGAUCCGACGGGCGAACAGAACGCGCUGAAAGUUCUCAAUUUGACUCAAAGUUCAAGUCAAGAGGACAUCAAGAAGCGAUAUAAACAAUUGGCCCGGGAAUGGCAUCCUGAUAGGUAUCGCGGGGAUAAGGAGACCGCUCAACAGCGCUUCAUGGAAAUACAAGAAGCCUAUGAAAUCUUGUCGACAAUCAAAUCGAGGAGGGCUUCCAAGAAUCAAAAGAAACGAGAUGAUUACAACAAGAAAUUCAACGAGAGGUAGCAGCCGCCAUGUUUGAGGAAGUAGAUGGAUUGCAACAUUUAUUGGCCAAUCAGAGAUGCACAUGUUGCAAAUCAGUGCAGUUGAUGACCCCAGGAAAUUUUUGCAGGUUGCACAUUGAAACGUUAAUGCCCAAACAAUUUAUAAAGCAUAAACAAUAAUGAGUACCUGUUGUGUCUUGGCGUGCGAAGGAAGACUUUUCAUGGCUUUUCAGACUAAGAAACUUAUCUUAUAGAAGUAGUAAAGCUUCGAGGAACUAAAUUUGAUUUAAUCGUUAGAAAAUGACCUUGUUCCCCCCAAAACAAGUAGUACUUAAAUUACAUAUUUUGUUAUUAAAGUUGAAAGCCAUUUUGGUUGGUAUUAAAGAUUUUGGGUAAAAUC